UAUUUGUCACCGUCUCACCGAUAGCAUUCUGAAAGUACCAAUACUGUCAUAUUGUGUCAGCCAAUGCCAAUUAUUAUUUUUAUUGCUGGGAGAACUGUUAUAUUUCAUUAGAAAUUUUUCAAAAUCAUAGGUAUUAAAAUAACAGAAACAUCUUGCGGAUUUGAAACCAUGUUUAACGCUGAGGUAAACAGUGUUGACGCCGGAAGAUAUAAGAGUAACUCGCAAUCCAUUCAGUUUGGUCCUUGGCUUAUAUCUUACGAUGUUAGCUGUAUAUUACCCAGCGUCUGUUCGACUAAGGUUGUAUGUGAACGUGAUGAUGAUCAAUUUUGUCAGUUUUGUAUAUACUCGAAAGAACUGAAGAUACCACACUUUCCUGAUAUGGUGUUUCCUAAAAAUAUACUUAAGUUGACACAUAAAAGUGGUGCCAUAAUAUGUUUCAAUCCUUUGGAUGCUCUGAGAUGUGUUGCCAGCAGGAUGGAUGCUAUUGAAGUGGCUUGUGCAGAGGCUUGGCAGGAAGCCCGACCAGGUGCUGAGAAACCCAAGCGGCCUUUUGAUUGGACAUUCUCAACCAACUAUAAAGGCACACUCACAAAUAAUAUAGUCAUUGAAGAGACUGAUGAAACUAUUAAUUUUAAUUUACUCAAACAAAAAGAUCAAAUACUCUUCUACCAUGAUUUGACAUUAUUUGAAGAUGAACUCCAUGAUCAUGGGGUCUCUAAACUGUCUGUUAAAAUACGGGUUAUGCCGUCCUACUGGUAUGUGCUGCUUCGAUACUUCUUGAGAGUGGACGAUGUGUUGGUGCGGUCUAACGAGACUAGAAUGUUCCAUAUGCUUGACACAGAACAUGUACUUAGAGAGUACACAGUCAAGGAAGCAUAUACUAAAGACUUAAAAAUCUCUACAGCUCAAAUGAAAGAUGCUGAUGAUGUGAUACCAAUAUUGCCUGUAAAAGAAAAAGUCACGCACAAAUUGGUUGUGAAUAUACCUUCAAGUUCUUAGGUUUCUAAAGUGCUUCGAUCUCCAAUAAAAUAAUUAUGAAAUAAAAUAAGUUAAGAAGUAUAAAUGUUGUAAUAAAGUGCAGUUGUAUUGGGUA